AUGUUACAGGAAAAGACUAGAGAGGCAGCUGAGAAAUUGGGGGUAAAGGAUUUUAAAGCUUCUAAUGGAUGGUUAGAAAAGUUCAGAAAGAGGCAUAUGAUUUCUUUUAAAUCAAUAAGCGGAGAGUCCGCUUCUGUGGAUACUGAGAUGAUUAAAGAAUGGUUGGAAAAGCUGCCUUCCUUAUUGAAGGAUUAUGCACCGGAUGGCGUAUUAAAUGCUGAUGAGACUAGUCUUUUUUUUCGGCAUUACCGGAAAAAACUUUGUUUAAAAGGUAACUUGUGUUUAAAAGGUAAAAAGUGUGAAGGAGGUAAAAUGUCAAAAGAAAGAUUGACGAUUUUACUUUGCGCAAGUAUGACUGGAGCACAAGAGCCGACGAUUAUAGGAAAAUCAAAUAAUCCCAGGUGUCUUAAAGGGAUAGAUUUAUUUAGGCUUGGAAGGCAAUGGAAAGCAAAUCGACGAACAUGGAUGACCCAGGAUUUAAUGACUGAGGGGUUGCUAGAACUUGAUAGAAAAAUGGGCGGCAAAAACAGGAAAGUUCUUCUUUUUCCUGAUAAUGCAGCGUCUCACUCUAACAUUAAUCGAAAGAAUGCAAAAAUGGCGUUGUUUCCUCCACAUGUAACGUCUGUUUGUCAACCACUUGAUCAAGGUGUUAUUAAAAACUUCCGAGUGUUUUAUCGGCAAGUAAUUUUAAAACACUUGAUACGAGCUUAG